AUGGUCACUGCACACCAUCCGGCCUCAGACGGCCAAUACCAGGAUCAUCCAGAUGCACCCCUGCCAAUCCGGGCGCAGUCAUACUCAUCGCAGAGAUCGUCUUCAACGCAAACGAUAACGCAAGCCGAGUAUGAGAAUGAUUACUACAAUGAACCCAGUCCCGAACCGGUAUUGGCUCAAUCAGAACCCCGUCCCAUCGAAGACGACGAUGUCGUCGCUAUCGCUGCUUCGCGACCCCGCCAUAAAUGGCAGGUUUGGUGGUUGCGCAAUAAGGGUAUGGGGCUUGUCCUGCUGGCGCAGGCGUUCGCUGCCUCGAUGAAUGUCAUGACGCAGGUUUUGGAAAUUCAUAGUGCGAUGCAUCCUUUCCAGAUCCUCUUCGCUCGCAUGUCCAUAACAGCAAUCGCAAGUUACCUGUACAUGUACUUCGCCUCAACACCCUCCCCGCUAGGCACCCGUCCAGUCCGUGGUCUUCUCCUCCUCCGCGCCAUCUUCGGCUUCACAGGCGUCUACGCCCUGUACUACUCCGUUCAAUACCUCCCCCUCUCCGAAGCAACUGUAAUCACCUUCCUCUCCCCAAUCAUCUCCUGCUACGCCUGUUCCCUCCUCAUCCCCGGCGAGACCUUUUCCCGCAAACAGCUGCUCGCAGGAUUGAUCUCUCUCGGCGGUGUCGUGCUCAUCGCCCGUCCCUUCAGCGCCCGCGCUUCCCACGCUGCAAUCGCAACCCCCACUGCCGCUGCCGCCUGGGCAUUAGGUCUGUCCGCUUCGGAUGUCGAGAAACCACCCUCCGAAACAGACUCCUACCACCACGUCAUGGCGACUAUUGUUGCCUUUGUCGGUGUCCUUGGUGCUUCGGGCGCAUACACCUCUAUCCGUAUGAUCGGUCGUCGUGCACACCCGCUGGUGUCUGUGACGUAUUUCUCGUCGGUGACGACAGUUAUCUCUUUCUUUGCGAUGCUCGUCGUGCCUUCGAUUCCGUUCCGGAUUCCUAGUACGGUGGUAGAGUGGACAUUACUGACGGGACUGGGUGUUUGUGGGUUCUUGUUGCAGUUUUUAUUGACGGCGGGGUUGUCGUAUGUUCCGCCUGCGUCUGUCUCGGAUGGGAAGCCUACGGGGCAGGGGGGCACGUGCCACUUCGAUGGUCUAUAUGCAGAUGCUCUUUGCGGUGUUGUUUGGGGCAGUACCCUUAGUCCGAUUAGUUGGGUUGGAUCGGGGAUUAUCUUGGUUUGUGCUAUUUACGUUGCUCUUGCGCAUGAGAAACCUGUACAGAAUGCGAGGAAUGUGGAGCAUGACGAUAUCGAGGGGUACAAGGACGUCACUGACGAGGAGAGCCCAGGGGAAAGGAAUUGA